CAGCGUCACCUCUUCCUCCUGUUUCUCAUUCCACUCUCAGUUCCACAUCCUCCUCCCUUUCCCCUCUCUCCCCUCUUCAGACCCCCACUUUCCAGUUCCCUCACCUCCCCUUUCUGCGGGUCCCCUGGGGCUUGCAGCAAGAGGGAGAGAGAGCUCCUGACAGGAUUCAUGAUCCUUCCCCACCCUGUCCUCUCGUCUGCUCCCUCCCCAUCGGGCACAGACAGCCCCUACAAAAGGCAGGAGCCCGGCUGCGUGGAGACAGCUGCUCUCAGACGCCCUUCCCUUCGCCCUCUGCUGGCUAGGCUGGGUUGUGCCUCUGCUCCCUCUUCCUCCAGCUGAGAGUGGGCACCUGGGGUGCCGGGCCCCCCACCUCAUUCUCCAUGAAUGCUGUGGAAAGUCCUGAGGGGCAGGAGCUGCAAAAGCUGGGAAGCGGAGCCUGGGACAACCCCGCCUACAGUGGUCCCCCUUCCCCGCACGGGACACUGAGGGUCUGCACCAUCUCCAGCACAGGCCUCCCCCAGCCCCAACCCAAGAAGACUGAAGAUGAACCCGAGGAGACGGCACACAGGACCCGGGUGUCCAGCUGCUGCCUCCUUAUCUGUAGAGGCAUCAGAGGACUUUGGGGAACAACCCUGACUGAGAACACAGCUGAGAACCGGGAACUUUAUGUCAAGACCACCCUGCGGGAGCUGUUGAUAUACAUUGUGUUCCUGGUGGACAUCUGUCUGUUGACCUAUGGAAUGACGAGCUCCAGUGCUUAUUACUACACCAAAGUGAUGUCUGAGCUCUUCUUACACACCGCAUCAGACACUGGAGUCUCCUUUCAGGCCAUCAGCAGCAUGGCUGACUUCUGGGAUUUUGCCCAGGGCCCACUACUGGACAGUUUAUAUUGGACCAAAUGGUACAACAACCAGAGCUUGGGCCAUGGCUCCCACUCCUUCAUCUACUAUGAGAACCUGCUGCUGGGGGUCCCGAGGCUGCGACAGCUGAAGGUCCGCAAUGACUCCUGUGUGGUGCAUGAAGACUUCCGGGAGGACAUUCUGAGCUGCUAUGAUGUCUACUCUCCAGACAAAGAAGAACAACUCCCCUUUGGGCCCCUCAAUGGCACAGCGUGGACAUACCACUCGCAGGAUGAGCUGGGGGGCUCCUCCCACUGGGGCAGGCUCACAAGCUACAGCGGAGGUGGCUACUACCUGGACCUUCCAGGAUCCCGACAGGCCAGUGCAGAGGCUCUCCGGGAUCUUCAGGAGGGGCUGUGGCUGGACAGGGGCACUCGGGUGGUGUUCAUCGACUUCUCAGUCUACAAUGCCAACAUCAAUCUUUUCUGUGUUCUGAGGCUGGUGGUGGAGUUUCCAGCUACAGGAGGUGCCAUCCCAUCCUGGCAAAUCCGCACUGUCAAGCUGAUCCGCUAUGUCAGCAACUGGGACUUCUUUAUCGUUGGCUGUGAGGUCGUCUUCUGCGUCUUCAUCUUCUACUAUGUGGUGGAAGAGAUCCUGGAGCUCCACAUUCACCGGCUUCACUACCUCAGAAGCAUCUGGAACAUCCUGGACCUGGUGGUCAUCUUGCUCUCCAUUGUGGCUGUGGGCUUCCACAUAUUCCGAACGCUCGAGGUGAAUCGGCUGAUGGGAAAGCUCCUGCAGCAGCCAAACACGUAUGCAGACUUUGAGUUCCUCGCCUUCUGGCAGACACAGUACAACAACAUGAAUGCUGUCAACCUCUUCUUCGCCUGGAUCAAGAUAUUCAAGUAUAUCAGCUUCAACAAAACCAUGACCCAGCUCUCCUCCACGCUGGCCCGCUGUGCCAAGGACAUCCUGGGCUUCGCCGUCAUGUUCUUCAUUGUUUUCUUCGCCUAUGCCCAACUCGGCUACCUGCUUUUCGGGACCCAAGUGGAAAACUUUAGCACUUUCAUCAAGUGCAUUUUUACUCAGUUCCGCAUAAUCCUCGGGGACUUUGACUACAAUGCUAUCGACAAUGCCAACCGCAUCCUGGGACCUGCCUACUUUGUCACCUAUGUCUUCUUCGUCUUCUUCGUGCUCCUGAACAUGUUCCUGGCCAUCAUCAAUGACACAUAUUCAGAGGUCAAGGAGGAGCUGGCUGGACAGAAGGAUGAGCUACAACUUUCUGACCUCCUGAAACAGGGCUACAACAAGACCCUACUAAGACUGCGUCUGAGGAAGGAGAGGGUUUCAGAUGUGCAGAAGGUCCUGCAGGGUGGAGAGCAGGAAAUCCAGUUUGAGGAUUUCACCAGCACCUUAAGGGAACUGGGACACGCAGAGCAUGAAAUCACUGAACUCACGGCCACCUUCACCAAGUUUGACAGAGAUGGGAAUCGUAUUCUGGAUGAGAAGGAACAGGAACAAAUGCGACGGGACCUGGAGGAAGAGAGGGUGGCCCUCAACACUGAGAUUGAGAACCUGGGCCGAUCCAUCGUGAGCAGCCCACAAGGCGAGUUGGGCGCAGAGGCUGCCAGAGCAGGAGGCUGGAUUUCAGAAGAAGAAUUCUACAUGCUCACAAGGAGAGUUCUGCAGCUGGAGACUGUCCUGGAAGGAGUCGUGUCCCAGGUUGAUGCUGUAGGCUCCAAGCUGAAAAUGCUGGAGAGGAAGGGGUGGCUGGCUCCCUCUCCAGGUGUGGAGGAACAAGCCCUUUGGAAGCACCUGCAGCCAGCUCCAGCUGUGACUCCAGACCCCUUGGGAGUCCAUCGUGGGCAGGAGAGUGGUGAGGGAGGAGGCCUAAAGCAUCGAACAGCAGUCCCCUCUCCCUCUGCCUCCCCAGAGCCCCCCCCACCACAUCCGCUGCACUUCUAGGACAACAGGUCCCAUCAUGGCUGCUGCUGAGCCCCACCCUGCAUCUGGCCUUUUCAGCCAGUGGUUCUGUGUGUGGUGGCCAUCAUGCUUAGGCUUGUGACUCAGUGUUUCUAUGUGUCGCCACAUAGCUCUGUGAAAUAACAUCUUCCACUGGUCCUUUUACCCCCUGUGCACUUAGCUCUGUCUGUUAAAAAAAAAAAAAAAAAAGUUAAUAACACAGGAUAAAGGGAGGGAGGGUAAUGACUCUCCCUAAGCAUCUGGAUAGCCAUAGUUUGUGAAAAAGGGCAGAAAACAAGAAAGUAAGCAAUGUCUAGAUGUCUUCCUUCUUCCUAGUGAAUCUUAUCCUUUGUGCAUCUCGAGAUCUGCUGCUAGCACCCAUGGGUUUUUUGUUUUCCCUUAUAGAGGUUCCCUAUAAAAGAGAAGAGGAAGGCUUAGAGGAGAGGAGACUCCCACAUGGUGAGAUUCCAGUGUUGCAGAGGACUUAAGAGUGAGGCACUCCUAGAGCAAAGUCUGUGAAGGCUCUUCUGCAGGAGGCUGCCUCCUGGUUCACUGAACCUGGGAACUGAGGGGGCUUUAACCAGGAGAUUAAAAUGGAGCCUGAAGGGAAUCAGGCAAGGAAAUGACCUCAGGAUUUGGAGAUCUUUGAAUUAAUAUGUGGUGGGUCCUGACAUUAUUCUUCUGUAAGACCAUGUGGGUUUCCAUGGUGGCUAUCAAUAAAACUCCUUAGGAAAACU